CGGUGUAUCAUUGGUCCAUCAUCUACCUUGUACUCGUAUUCGUACGAACUCUUUGUCGACAGAUACAAAUAUCGUGGCACAGAUCAUGAAUCCAUUCCCGCAACUAUGUCACACCAUCUUCUUUCACAUAUUGGAGGUGAUUCGGCUUCCAAUUUGCCAGUGAACACUCUGCAAGUCUUGAAUGGAUUGAUUCGGACCAAACUGCCUCCAAAACCUAGCGUCACAAGUCCAUGAUGUCAACACUCGAGACUUGUCGUCUGAAGAGGCUUGGGCUUCGCUAAGUGCGAUCCACCACUACAUAACGGCCAUGUGCGGACUGUACCAUGCGCAGCCACAAAGACGCUCCUGUUAUAACAAUGGCCCUCUCUUCGUACGGCCCGCCUCUCUCAGCAGAUCGAGUCCAACUUGAGCCAUGUCAACCUAUGUCGAGAUUUCAGCAGGGCCACAACAUCGGAUCUCAAUACCCGAAGCCCCCAUCACCGAGCAAUACAAGGCACAUACUCCUCCUGCGGACUCCAAACUUGUGAAUUCAGGUCUUGUGCAGGCCACUUUCGCCCCGACCGCAGACGCACCUUACGGGACAGAGAAAGAUGAUUGGGCUAAACAACAUCAGCAUCAAACCGUUCUCGAGCAACACUGCUCGUUCUUCGACCCCGACGGUGAUGGGGUUAUCUGGCCCAGCGAUACCUACCGUGUAUGUCGAUCCUUUGAAUGGAAGAUCAUCACCUCGCUGUUUUUCACGGCAUUUUUACACAGCGUUCAGUCCUACAACACUGCACCGAGCCUUAUACCUGAUCCAUUCUUCAGGCUCUACGUCAAAAGAGCAUACAUGAAUAAACACGGGAGUGGAACCGGCACAUUCGACUCAGAAGGGCGGUUUCGUCCUCAACCUUUCGAGGACUUUUUUGAGAAGUUCGAUCGAGAUGGUAAAGGAGGACUGACUAAAUGGGAACUAUGGCAUGGACUGAGGAGGUCAAGGCUUGCGUUUGAUUUCUUUGGUCAAGUGUCUGCAAUGUUCGAGUGGGGGUUUGCUUGGGUUCUCAUCUGGCCUGAGGAUGGGAUACUGAGAAAAGAAGACGUCAGGAGGUUGCUUGAUGGGAGCUUAUAUCAUGAGAAAGUUGCAGCCAAAGGUGACAGAUGCCCAGCAUCCAGUGGUAAAUCGUUGGAUGAGACUGCUCAGAAAUCUGCCUCAACCAAACAACAGUGACGCCUCAUUGAGUGCUGCACAGGUAAUAGUUAAAAACAA